AGUCUGCUGUGGGACUAAGCUUUAGGGAAUUUUCUGUGUAAUGUACGACUCCUGUGUGCUUCCUGGUUGGAGUAUUACCGUGGAUACAGUCACCUCAGUGUUCUCUACUGAGGCCAUUUGCAUAUUUUAUGACUGUGGGUGAAAGAGGACAGCAGACACAGGAGAGAGGCACGGGAGUGAGAAAUAAGAGAGAGGUAGGCUCUUAGGUGAGGCAUAAGGGCCCGGCAGGUAAAACCUGCUCCAUUCGUAGAAGCCCUAGGAUGUGCUGAUGGGUAAAGACCGCACAGCUUGGAGGGUUUAUUAAGUGGGCCAGUUGCCAUCGCGACACAUUGGCAAGAUAUUGCCAGGAAAAGCCAUAAUGGGUCUCCUGACGCAGUUCUCUCUGCUCCUGUGGAAGAACUUCACUCUCCGGAAGAGACAAAAGGUGCGGCUGGUUGUGGAGCUGCUCUGGCCUCUGUUUCUCUUCUUCAUACUGGUGGGGGUGAGGUCUACCACUAAGCCAAUUCACAAAGGUCAAUGCCACUACCCAAACAAAGCCAUGCCAUCUGCUGGUGUACUGCCCUGGCUUCAAGGAAUAAUAUGUAACAUCGACAAUCCAUGUUUGGACCACCCAACGCCAGGAGAGACACCAGGCCAAGUGAAUAACUUCAACAACUCCAUAAUUGCUGGGAUGUUGAUUGAGCUGCAGUCUGUGCUGGCAGACAGGUCUGUUCUCAGUAAAAUGCAGUUGCUAGCAGAUGAUGUUGACCAGUGGACUUCAGUACUGUCUAAAGCGGAACCUGGAAAAGGGAAUCGGACUGUGAUCCUAAGAAGUAUCCUACAAGACAAUGAAACCUUCAGCGCCCAUCUGACAGAGGGUUUGUCAGUUCCACCAGAUGUAGUUCAAAGCCUCAUGGAUGCAAAGAUUCAGCUUAGUUCAACGACGGGCAUCCCAAGGCCUGACAAUGUGAGGAGCAUCUUGUGUAAGGGGACAGAUCUGGAUGACUAUGUCCAAUUUAGCAGCCAAGCUCAGAGGGAGGCUUUUCAAAAUGUCAGCUGCUCCCUCGGUGAACAGCAGCUGAUUAAAACCCAGCAAGUCCUUCUACAAAACGUGGACGUGAGGAAAGUGCUUUCAGAGAUUCCUUCAGCUGCGGACCUGAAUCCAGUGGACACAGAGGCACUAAUGAGAAAAACCAGUGCAGAUGCACUGCCAUUGAUCGAGAAUGCGGUCAGGCUGCGGAACUCCAUGAACUUUAAGGCAACAGAGUCCCUGGAUUUCCGGGAGGACAUGUUUGGAAGCGUCAACAUGCUGCUCUGUGGGAAGCAGCCUAACUACAACUUCACCAAGAUGACCUUCGGUUUUCCUUCACCUACACAGAUGGCUAACAAUAUGUCAACUUCCAGCAUGGGCAACAGUUCCGAUGCCUUUUGUCAGAUUCUUGUCGACACCCUGGAGGGCACACCUGGUCUGCGCUACAUUUGGAGCACCUUCAAGCCAUUAUUGCAAGGGAAGAUCCUCUACGCACCUGAUACACCUGCUGCUCGCCUCCUGGUGAAGGAAGCAAACAGCACUUUCAACUCUCUCGCCAUGUUAAAGGAGCUGGCAGAUUCUUGGAAUGAACUUGGCCCACGUGUCUGGGAUUUUCUGCAGAAUAGCCCUCAAGUCAACACAUUGCGGGUUCUGGUGGCAAAUCCCAUAUUCGCAGCUGCCCUCAACCAGCGUCUCAUUGGGACAGGAUGGACAGCCGGGCUGCUGGAGAACUUCCUGUACAAUGGCGCUCCAGAAGACCGUUCACCCGGCAUGCCACCCUACAACUGGCGGGAUGUUUACAACUCCACCACUGAAAUCCUGAAGCUCCUCUCCGAUUUCCUGAAUUGUCUUGAUCUGAAUAAGUUUGAAGCAGCUGCGACAGAAACCCAUCUGGUGAACAAAGCCUUGGAGCAUCUGAAAAAUGACACAUUCUGGGCUGGAGUUGUCUUUGCGAACCUCCAUCCAAACUCAAGUCACAUCCCUCCUUAUGUGAAGUACAAAAUUCGGAUGGACAUUGAGGAGGUGGAGCGCACCAACACGUUGAAAUCAAGGUCAUGGUCUCCUGGAGCCAGGGACAACUCCUUUAACGACCUGCGCUACAUCUGGGGAGGCUUUGCCUACCUGCAGGACAUGAUCGACCACGCUGUUAUACGACUGCAAACAUCAAAGUCUCAGCCGCUUGGUGUUUUCGUCCAGCAAAUCCCAUACCCUUGCUUUGUUGAUGAUGCAUUCCUACGAUCGCUGGCGAGUUCUCUUCCCAUGUACAUAACCUUAGCAUGGAUUUAUUCAGUGGCCAUGAUCGUUAAAGGCGUUGUUUCUGAGAAAGAGGCGCGGCUGAAGGAGACCGUGAGAAUCAUGGGCCUGAGAAACGGCAUCUAUUGGCUGACCUGGGCGAUUUCCAGCAUGUUGCCGCUAGCCAUCAGUGCUUUCCUUCUAACUCUGACACUCAAGUACGGCAAAGUCCUGCAGUACAGCGACCCCUCAGUAAUCUUUGUCUUCUUGCUGGUCUUCUGUUUGGCCACCAUCUCCCAGUGCUUCCUCAUUAGCGUCUUCUUCUCUAAGGCCAAUUUAGCGGCGGCGUGUGGCGGCCUCAUCUUCUUUCUCCUCUACCUGCCACACAGCCUCUGCUACGCCUGGAGGGACGUCAUGGGUUUCAGGGCCAAGGUGGCUGUGAGUUUACUGUCAUGUGUUGCCUUUGGUUAUGGGUGCGAGAACUUUUCCAAAUAUGAGGAGCAAGGCAUUGGUAUACAGUGGCACAACAUUAUCAGGAGUCCCGAGGAGGGGGAUCCAUACACCUUCAUUGUCUCCAUCGCCAUGAUGCUCGUUGACGCCGUCUUAUACUGGGUGCUAACCUGGUACAUUGAAAAUGUCUUCCCAGGUCAAUAUGGGAUUCCUAAGCCAUGGUACUUCCUGUUCACUUCCUCUUACUGGUGUGGGAUGACACCAGGAGCUGAAAACAACCCUGAUCUGCUGACAGACUCUGGGGCGCACAUCGGAUAUUUUGAAAGACCACCUCCCAGUGUGAAAGCGGGGGUGUCAAUUCGCAAUCUUGUCAAAAUCUACAAGACCGGGAAGAAACUGGCGGUGGACGGCCUGAGCGUGGACUUCUAUGAGAAUCAGAUCACAUCAUUUUUGGGCCACAAUGGAGCUGGAAAAACAACCACAAUGUCAAUUCUGACCGGGCUGUUCCCACCUACAUCAGGAACAGCCCUCAUCCAUGGAUACGACAUCCGCACCGACAUAGACAGCAUUAGGAAGUAUUUGGGAAUGUGUCCGCAGCAUAAUGUCCUAUUUAAUGAGCUCACUGUGGAGGAGCACAUUUACUUCUACGCCAGGUUGAAGGGACUUAGUCGCAGUGAGGUUGACUCUGAGAUGGACCAGAUGAUUAAAGAUGUUGGUUUACCACACAAGCGUAAGGAGCUUGCUAAGAACCUAUCAGGUGGCAUGCAGCGAAAACUCUCUGUGGCAAUAGCCUUUGUUGGCGGUUCAAAGAUUGUCAUCCUAGAUGAACCAACAGCAGGAGUAGACCCUUAUGCUCGCCGGGGGAUUUGGGAACUACUGCUAAAGUACAAACAAGGUCGCACCAUUAUUUUGUCAACACACCACAUGGAUGAGGCAGACAUCUUAGGAGACCGCAUAGCCAUCAUCUCUCAAGGAAAGAUGCAAUGCUGCGGCUCCUCGCUCUUCCUGAAGAAGUGUUUCGGCAGUGGCUACUACCUGACUCUGGUCAGAGAUGGGACGGAAAAAAUUACCAAUCAACGUAAAAAUAUCACACAAAAUCUGUCCAAGGAGGAACAAAUGGAGACAGCCCGUCCUUCCAGGGAUAGUCCAGAUGACGGCUUCGGCAGUCAAACAUUGGACAAUUCUGACCGUACAGCAGGUCUUGCUGCUGUAACUCAGCUUGUGCGCCGCCAUGUACCAGAAGCUGCGUUUUUGGAGAGCAUCGGUCAGGAAAUCACCUUCAUCCUGCCCUACAGUGGAGCCAGAGACGGGACCUUCGCCACACUCUUCCACAAGCUUGAUCUCGCUAUGGCUGACCUUGGCCUGACCAGCUAUGGCAUCUCUGACACCACACUGGAGGAGAUAUUUCUGAAAGUGGCAGAAGAAACCGGCGUGGAUACAGAAAUGCCAUCAGCAAAGGAGCCAUUGGUUAGAGACUGGAAAAGAAGCUCCCGCGAAUCUAAAAGGAACAGCGUUGCCAGCGUCCGCGCCAAAUCAGAGCACAACGGGAUGAGAGAAGUUAAAGAAAAAUUUUUGAAUAAAGUUGAAGAUUAUAAGAAAAGUGCCAGCCUGAAUGGAAGGGGAUCCAUGGUCAUCACCGGUUGGAAACUGAUCAGAACGCAGUUUCUGGCUCUCUUCAUCAAGCGCUUCCACCACGCCCGAAGGAGCCGCAAGGGACUUAUUGCGCAGGUGGUCUUGCCUGCUUUCUUCGUGUGCCUUUCUCUGAUCUUCUCCCUCAUCGUUCCACCAUUCAAAGAAUAUCCAAGUCUGGAGCUGCAGCCAUGGAUGUACAGUCUUCCCCAAACCACAUUUUAUAGCAAUGACAUGUCUGAAAAUCUGGAGGUGUCAAAGGUGACAGAAACUUUAUUGAACAACCCUGGUUUUGGGACACGUUGUAUGCAUGGAGAUCCAAUACCAGGCUUACCGUGUUCGCCAACUUACUCUGAUUGGACUAUUCCAUCUGUGGAUCAGUCAAUCAAAGACAUCUUCCUCAACGGGAACUGGAGCAUGGCUAAUCCUUCGCCUUCCUGCCAAUGCAGCACUCCUAAACGGACGAUUAUGUUACCCGACUGUCCACCAGGAGCGGGAGGUCUCCCUCCACCACAGAGAGUACAGAACACAACAGAAACUCUGCUGGAUUUAACUGGACGGAACAUGACAGACUUCUUGAUCAAGACUUUUGAGGACUCCGGAAAAAAAAGGUAUGGAGGUAUUUCUGUGGGAGCAGUCAACUCACAAGUCCGUCUAUCUGAGGCAGAGGUCGAAGAUGUCUUCAGGGAUUUGAAAAAUCUUUUGAGUUCAUCUCAGGAUAACGUCACUGAUCAGACCCUGCAGAGAGCCGAGACGGUGCUGAAGAAGCUUGGAACCAGGGACAAUGUCAAGGUGUGGUUCUACAAUCAGGCAUGGCAUGGCAUGGUGUCCUUCCUUAGUGUGGCCAACAAUGGCAUCCUGAGAGGAAAUCUUCCCAAGGGAGAGGAACCACGCCACCAUGGCAUCUCCGUUUCUAAUCACCCCCUAAAUCUCACCAAGGAGCAGCUCUCCUCCGCAGCCAUGGCGACGACCUCUACAGACGUGGUGGUGUCCAUCUGUGUUAUUUUCGCCAUGUCCUUCAUCCCUGCCAGCUUCGUCCUCUUUCUAAUCCAGGAGAGGGUGAGCAAAGCCAAGCAUCUGCAAUUUGUCAGCGGUGUAAACCCGACCGUCUACUGGUUAACCAAUUUCGUCUGGGAUAUGUGCAACUACAUCGUGCCCUGCUUCAUCGUGAUUGUGAUCUUCCUCUGUUUUCAACAAAAAGCCUACGUUUCACCUCCGAAUCUGCCCGCUUUGAUACUGCUCCUAAUUUUUUAUGGAUGGGCCAUCACACCCAUGAUGUAUCCAGCCUCCUUCAUCUUCAGCGUUCCCAGCACGGCUUACGUGGUGUUGACCUGCGUCAACCUCUUCAUUGGCAUCAAUGGCAGUGUGGCCACCUUCAUCAUGGAGCUCAUUGAAGAUGAUAACAUAUCUCGCAUUAAUGACAUAGUGAAGCAGGUGCUUCUGAUAUUCCCACAUUUCUGUCUGGGCAGAGGUCUUAUUGACAUGGCCAAGAACCAGGCAAUGGCAACUCUUUUCAUCAAUUUUGGGGAAGAUCGUUUUAAGAAUCCACUGAGCUGGGAGAUGGUGGGAAAAAAUCUCCUUGCCAUGUCUAUUCAAGGAAGUGUGAUGUUCCUCACUACCAUUCUCAUCCAGUACAAGUUCUUCUGCAAACCGAGGCUUAUAUCACCAAAGCAGUCGGCUACAGAGGAGGAGGACGUUGACGUUGCCCGGGAACGCCAGAGAGUGUGUGAAGGCAGAGCUCAGAACGACCUGUUGAGGAUCAGUAACCUCACAAAGGUAUACCCUGGGAAGAGCACCCCUGCUGUGGACCAGCUAUGCGUGGGCGUGCCUGCUUCAGAGUGUUUCGGCUUGCUGGGGAUCAACGGCGCUGGGAAAACCACGACAUUCAAGAUGCUGACGGGAGACAUCCCAGUCUCCAGCGGAGAGGCCUUUCUAAACGGAUACAGCAUACGGACAGAAAUGAGACAUGUUCACCAGAACAUGGGUUACUGUCCCCAGUUUGACGCCAUUGAUGACCUUUUGACUGGACGAGAGCAUCUGGAGUUUUAUGCUCGACUAAGAGGGGUACCAGAAGCAGAGGUUGCCAUGGUGGCCGAAUGGGGGAUUCAGAAGUUGGGGCUGAUCAAGUACGCCAACAAGUCAGCAGGAACCUACAGCGGUGGGAACAAACGUAAACUUUCCACAGCGAUGGCCUUGAUCGGGUGUCCGCCAGUGGUUUUCUUGGAUGAGCCAACCACCGGGAUGGACCCCAAAGCCAGACGCUUCCUUUGGGACUGCAUCCUGAGUGUCAUCAAAGAGGGACGCUCAGUCAUUCUCACAUCGCACAGCAUGGAGGAGUGUGAAGCACUGUGCACUCGCAUGGCCAUCAUGGUAAAUGGUCGCUUCAAAUGCCUUGGAAGCAUCCAGCAUCUGAAAAGCAGAUUUGGUGAUGGCUACACGGUGAUCGUGCGUGUCGGCGGCUCCCCUCCUGCCCUCAAACCAGUCGAGGACUUUGUCCAGCUGACUUUCCCAGACAGCGUUCUCAAGGAGAAACACCACAACACACUCCAGUACCAACUCCCAUACACACAGGGAGCUUUGGCCAGCAUCUUCAGCCACUUCACCAGCAAUCAGCACAGGCUGGGCGUGGAGGACUACUCUGUGUCCCAGACAACUCUGGAUCAGGUCUUUGUGAACUUUGCACGCCACCAGCAUGGGGAGGAUGACUCUCAGGCCUACAGCAACCCAGUCGACGUCACAGACGAGCUGCCAAUGAGGUCACUGCGGGCCUCCCGGGAAGCGGAGAACGCCUAAUGGAGAAAUCUAUGUACUGUACCUGAAUGAAUCGGCAAUAAGUCUCGAAAAACAGUUUUUAUUGGCACCAACACAAUAAUUGGAUUCUUAACAACUACUACUCAGAUUGUUCUGCGAAAUCAGGCUUCCUGUAGACGCGUAUAGAAAAACACAUCAUGAUCAGGGUUUUUAAAUUUAUUUAUUUCAACAUUUUAUUGCAAUUUGAUAUUUGAAUUCUCCUCUGUGCUUCUAAAUUUGUGUUAAAAACUAAACAGUUGCUCUAAUACUAUUACUUGACGUUGCUUCUUUCUUUAUCAAAAGGAAUUACAUUUUUAGUGCGUUUACAGUUGAGUUGUUUUGAAGCUUUUCGUAAACUUGUGUUCAAGUGUAAAAAGGAUAUUGGUAAAAAUGAAAAUCUUUUAUUUUAAAAAUGAGAGCGCAACACUAAACAUAUCAAUUUCAACUUAAGUGGAGUGACUCUGCUGGCUCUUUAAAACUGUGUACAUUUAAAAGAUUUGUGCUGUAUUUUUAGCACAUGAACUUUCUUUUUCAAAGGUUUACAGACCGAAAAGAAAGCAGUCUGUUUUGAGAUUUGUUGCUGAUCAUUACAUACCUCAGGCCUGGUCAUUGAGCCAAAUCUUCCAGCUUAUGCAUAGAUAAUUGCACAGCAUCUAGGACGCCUUAUUCUGUUUGAAGUCGUGUGUCGUCUGUUUACAUUCGAUGUAAUUCAGUCGGUUGUGUUGCAAACACCAUGUGGGAAUGUUGAAGCGACACAAUCGCCUACAUGCGCAGCAGCUUUAUUUGCUGACAGGCACUCCAGUAAUAACUUUCAGACAACAAAUGACAUCUGUGGAAUGCAUUUGCAUUGAACGUCUGAACAUUUACACACAGCACUUUUCAAAGCUCUCGAUGCUGCAUUGGAUGCAGCAGUCAUUCAUGUAAGAGACCAUAAUGUUUUUAUGAAAUCAUCUGGAGAUGUAUAUGGCUGUGUGAGCCUUAGAAGGUUUAAUUUUGUUUUACUUUAUUCCUUGACGAAUUAUUUCUGCUGUAUUGAUUUAUGUUCGUAUUGUUUUUAAAAGGAUAUGCUAGUUUAAGUGUCAGUUUGACAUUUUCACAUGAAUGCCCAGACAAUGUGUGAAACAAAGAAUGUAGAAUAAAAAUGAAUGCAUUGUGUUAUUAUAUGUGCGCUUUAAACAUCAACAAUUUAAUAUUUCUAUAAGACAAUGUGUUGAUUCUAAUACAGUGCUUUAUGUCAAAAUUAAAAAAACGACUCAUCCUUAA